AUGGGACUAAGAGUGGCCAGCCUUUUUAUGCUCUGGCUGGCUCUUUCCUAUGCAAAUGAAAUACGAAAAGGAAGGACAAGAAACCAUGGCCACUAUGUCUGCAGCACUUGGGGAAACAACCAUUUCAAAACUUUUGAUGGAGACAUCUAUCAGUUCCCUGGUAUUUGCGAGUAUAAUUUUGCUUCUGACUGUCGAGACCCUUACAAGGAGUUCUCUGUCCACAUUCAGCGUGCUCUGGACAGCAAUGACCACCCUAAGAUCCAGUAUAUUCUGGUAACAAUCAAGGACUUGAUGAUAUACCUCAGACAGAAACUGGCUGUGGUCGAUGGGCAGAUAGUGAAGACACCUUACUACAGCUCUGGCGUGCUCAUCGAGAGCAAUGACAUUUACAUCAAAGUUUAUGCCAAAUUAGGCCUGGUAGUGAUAUGGAAUCAGGAAGAUGCACUGAUGGUGGAAGUGGACAGCAAAUUUAAUAACCGUAUGUGUGGUCUCUGUGGGGAUUACAAUGGAGUUCCAAUCUACAAUGAAUUUAUUAAUGGAGUUGCAAGCUACAAUUCAAUUACGUAUGGGAAUUUACAGAAGAUCCACAAACCUAAUGCCAAAUGUGAAGAUCCUGAUGAAACUCAGGCUCUUCCAAGCUGUAAUGGGCAUCGUGGUGAGUGUGAGUGGUUGCUGACUUCCUCUGCAUUUGCUGAUUGUCGGUUACGUCUUAAUUUGGAAAUGUACAUCCAAGCCUGCAUGCAGGACAAGUGUGCAUGUAAAGGACAUGAGGACUCCUUCUGCCUCUGCAGCACCAUCUCUGAGUAUUCUCGCCAGUGUUCGCAUGCGGGUGGCCGGCCUGGUGAAUGGAGGACACAGUAUUUUUGCCCCAAGACCUGUCCUGAUACCAUGAUCUAUAAAGAAAGUAGCUCACCCUGCAUGGAUACUUGCUCACACUUGGAGACCAGCAGCCUUUGUGAGGAACACUACAUGGAUGGUUGUUUCUGCCCUGAAGGAACUGUGUAUGAUGAUAUUACUGAAAAAGGCUGCAUACCUGCUAGCCAGUGUCACUGCAAACUCCAUGGAAAGGAGUAUUCACCUGGACAAAGCAUUACCAAUGAAUGUGAAGAAUGCACCUGUGAUUCAGGCAGAUGGAUGUGCAAAGAUCUACCCUGUCCAGGCACAUGUUCAUUGGAAGGAGGUUCCCAUUUUACCACCUUUGAUGGGAAGAAAUAUACCUUCCAUGGAGACUGUUACUAUGUAUUGGCCAAGGGUACUGUAAAUGACACUCAUGCUCUCCUGGCAGAGCUGGGUCCCUGUGGCUCCACAGACAGGCAGACCUGUUUGAAGACUGUUGUGCUGUUAGUAGAUCACAAAAAAAAUGUGGUGGUUUUCAGACCAGAUGGCAGUGUGUUACUGAAUGGGAUGACGGUGAAUGUGCCUCAUGUGACAGCCAGCUUCUCAGUAUUCAAGCCAACUUCCUACUACGUUGUUGUACAAACUUCUUAUGGGCUUCAGCUGCAGAUCCAGUUGUUUCCAGUCAUGCAGCUGUUUGUGACUGUGGAUCAAUCAGUUCAAGGAAAACUUCAAGGUCUUUGCGGAAACUUUAAUGGAGUGGAAGGUGAUGACUUUAAAACAACCAGUGGGCUGGUAGAAGCUACAGGAUCUGCCUUUGCUAACACAUGGAAAGCUCAGUCCACUUGUACAGACCAGGUAGAAAAGCUGGAGGACCCCUGCAGUCUCAGCAUUGAAAGUGCAAAUUAUGCUGAGCAUUGGUGUUCUUUGCUGAAAAACUCAGAGGGUCCUUUUGCAAAAUGCCAUGUAAUCAUUGAUCCUUCAGAAUACUAUAAGAAAUGUAAAUAUGACACCUGCCUCUGCGAAGACAGUGAAAAAUGCUUGUGUGCUGCCCUGUCCUCUUACUCAAGAGCAUGUGCUUUCAAAGGGGUCAUACUGGGAGGCUGGAGAAAAAGUGUCUGCAGUAAUGAAGUGUCUGCCUGCCCAGGAAAUCAAAUCUUCCUUUACAAUCUUACAAUGUGCCAGCAAACCUGUCGUUCCCUUGCUGAUGGUGAAAAGCAUUGCUUGCAAGACUUUGCUCCUGUGGAUGGUUGUGGCUGUCCAUAUAAUACAUACUUGGAUAACCAGGAUACCUGUGUCCCCAUCUCCAAGUGCCCAUGUUAUCACAAGGGAUCAUACCUGGCACCAGGGGAAUAUGUUACAAAAGAUGGAGAACGUUGUGUUUGCCGAAAUGCAAAGGUCCAGUGUACUUCAGUGACAAUCAGAAUGAAAAGUGCAAUGGAAUGUUCUUCUAACAAGACAUACUUUGACUGCAACACAUCCCCAAAAUGGAUGUUGCGAAUGCCUGUACAACUUAGCUGUCAUACUCCUCGAACUGAUCAUUUUCAGGAAGAGUGUGUCUCAGCCUGUGUGUGUCCUGAAGGUCUAUUAGAUGACGGGAAAGGGGGUUGUGUUGAGCAGAAGGACUGCCCAUGCAGUCAUAAUAACCAGUGGUAUUCUCCUGGGCAGAACAUAACAGUAGACUGCAACACCUGUACCUGCCAAAAAGGGGUCUGGAAGUGCACUGAAGAGGUGUGCUAUGGGACUUGUAUGAUAUAUGGAAGUGGCCAUUAUAUCACCUUUGAUGGAAAAUUCUUUGACUUUGAUGGGACUUGUGACUAUGUGGCCACGCAGGAUUUUUGUGGUGACAAAAAUUCCAGUGGCUCCUUUAGUAUCAUCACAGAGAAUGUCCCUUGUGGAACUACAGGAGUUACCUGCUCAAAGGCUAUUAAAAUAUUUCUAGGGAAAACUGAACUGAAAUUAGAGGACAAAGAUUAUAAAGAAAUUCAAAGAGAUAUUGGAGGUGAUGUGCGAUAUUGGAACAGGACAGUAGGCCUCUACCUCGUUAUUGAGGCUAGCAAUGGUGUGAUGCUUAUCUGGGAUAAGAAGACUACUGUUUUCAUCAAGCUGACCCCAGAUUACAAAGGCAAAGUGUGUGGUCUGUGUGGCAACUUUGAUGACAAGUCUAACAAUGACUUUACAACAAGGAGUGGGCUGCAGGAGACUAAUGCUCUGAAGUUUGGGAAUUCCUGGAAACAGUCUCCCACAUGCUCAGAUGUCACACAAGAGAUUAAGCCCUGUGAUGUGAAACCUCAUCGGAAGUCCUGGGCAGAGAAAGAAUGCAGCAUCAUCCGGAGUGAAGUCUUUCAAAUUUGUCACUUCAAGGUGGACCCAAAUCCUUUCUAUGAAGCUUGUGUUCAUGAUGCCUGCUCUUGUGACAGUGGUGGAGAUUGUGAGUGCUUCUGUUCUGCAGUUGCUGCAUAUGCUCAAGAAUGUACCAAGGCUCAGGCCUGUGUUUUCUGGAGAACUCCUGAUAUAUGCCCAAUAUUUUGUGACUACUAUAACCCUCGUAAUGAGUGUGAUUGGCACUAUGAGCCUUGCGGCAGUAAUGUCAUGACCUGCAGGAUGAUUAAUAAUGUCAGCACCAACUUUUCAGUGCCAUACCUGGAAGGUUGCUACCCCAGAUGCCCUAAAGACAAGCCUAUUUAUAAUGAAGAGACAAAGGAAUGUGUGCCUGAAGAUCAGUGUUGGUGUUACAUCAACGGAACUCCUGGACCUGAUGGAACUCCUGGAACUUCUGUUCCUCCCGGGACUGAAAUACCCACAGAAGAAAACUGUACAAAAUGUGUCUGUGGGCCCUCAGGAUCCAUACAGUGUACACCAAUCCCAGGGUGUCCUUGUGUCAUCAACGGAACAAGUUAUCAAGUGGGUGAAAUUGUGGCACAAACACAGAAUGGCAGCAUAUGUAUAACAUACAUUUGUGCAGAAAAUGGUUCCAUAGAAGUUGAUACUACUUAUCCUUGUCCAACAUCUACUUCACCUACAACCAUUUCAACCUCCUUUCCUACCAGUACUCUUACCACCACAGUUACCAGUACAAGCUCUCCAGUAACUACAGCUCCAUGCUUUGGAUCAAUGUGUUAUUGGACUGAGUGGUUUGAUGUUAGUAAACCUGACAAAGACGGCGGUGACUAUGAAACCUAUGAAGCAAUAAGAAAUGAACAUGGAGACAAAAUAUGUGAAGCUCCUAAAAAAAUUCAGUGCAGGGCUAAAAAUCAACCUGAUAUAAGCUUAGAGGAACUUGGCCAGAAAGUAGAGUGUAAUGUCACAUAUGGACUGAUCUGUAAAAAUGAGGAUCAAGAUCCAACUCUGUGGGAACUUUGCUAUAAUUAUGAAAUCAGGGUAAACUGUUGUGAGUGGUAUGAAUUUCCUUGUAAGAAUACAAGUACAAUAACUUCAACACCAACUGCAACUUCAACCACCACCAGCACAACGGUACUCAUCACCACUACGACCAGGCAGACAACAUCAAUUACCACCACGCCCAUACCCACCCCAACAAUAACAAGUGAAUUAACACCACCCACCCCAACUACUGCAAGCACAUCCGUGCCCACACCAACACCAUCACAGCCUCCCAGCAGCACCACCACGAUGCCCCCCACCAGCACCACCAGCAUGACAACGACAACUGUUCCUGGCACACCAACCCCCACCCCAACUACUGCAAGCACAUCUGUGCCCACACCAACACCAUCGCAGACUCCCAGCAACUGCGACUGCAUCUGGACGGACUGGAUUGAUGUGAGUUACCCAGAUAGUUCUGACAGAAACAGCGGUGACUACGAAACCUUUGAGAACAUUCAGAAGAAUGACCCCUCCUGGGUCUGUGCGAAACCUGAGAAUAUUUAUUGCAGAGCAAAAAACUUUCCUGACACACCCAUUGCAGAAUUAGGGCAGACCGUGCAUUGCCAUAUUGACAAAGGACUCAUCUGUAACAAUAGUGAUCAGAAAAUAGGAGGUCGAAUACAGAUGCCGUACUGCCUCAAUUAUGAGAUAAAGGUCUGCUGCGUUCCCAACAUGCCAGAGUGUAUGACAACUACACCCAUGAGCACCACGACAACUACAUCUGUGCCCACAACAACCAGUGUUUCCUCUCAACCCGUAUCAACGACGGUUCCCACGCCAACACCAUCACAGCCUCCCAGCAGCACUGCCACGACUACAAUGCCCCCCACCAGCACCACCAGCUCCACCAGCGCGACGACGACAACAGUUCCUGGCACACCAACAUCCACCCCAACUACUGCAAGCACAUCCGUGCCCACACCAACACCGUCGCAGACUCCCAGCAGCACCGUCACGACCACGAUGCCCCCCACCGGCACCACCAGCAUGACAACGACAAGUGUUCCUGGCACACCAACGUCCACCCCAACUACUGCAAGCACAUCCGUGCCCACACCAACACCGUCGCAGACUCCCAGCAGCACUGUCACGACCACGAUGCCCCCCACCGGCACCACCGGCACCACCAGUGCGAUAACGACAACUGUUCCUGGCACACCAACGUCCACCCCAACUACUGCAAGCACAUCCGUGCCCACACCAACCCCGUCGCAAACUCCCAGCAGCACCACCAUGACCACGACACACCCCCCCAGCACCACAACAACGACAACAGUUCCAGGUACACCAACAUCUACCCCAACUACUGCAAGCACAUCCGUUCCCACGUUACCACCUUCCAGCAGCAGCCCUAUACCUCAGGACUGCGACUGCAUCUGGACGGACUGGAUUGAUGUGAGUUACCCAGAUAGUUCUGACAGAAACAGCGGUGACUACGAAACCUUUGAGAACAUUCAGAAGAAUGACCCCUCCUGGGUCUGUGCGAAACCUGAGAAUAUUUAUUGCAGAGCAAAAAACUUUCCUGACACACCCAUUGCAGAAUUAGGGCAGACCGUGCAUUGCCAUAUUGACAAAGGACUCAUCUGUAACAAUAGUGAUCAGAAAAUAGGAGGUCAAAUACAGAUGCCGUACUGCCUCAAUUAUGAGAUAAAGGUCUGCUGCGUCCCCAACAUGCCAGAGUGUAUGACAACUACACCCAUGAGCACCACGACAACUACAUCUGUGCCCACAACAACCAGUGUUUCCUCUCAACCCGUAUCAACGACGGUUCCCACGCCAACACCAUCACAGCCUCCCAGCAGCACUGCCACGACUACGAUGCCCCCCACCAUCACCACCAGCUCCACCAGCGCGACGACGACAACAGUUCCUGGCACACCAACGUCCACCCCAACUACUUCAAGCACAUCCGUGCCCACACCAACACCGUCGCAGACUCCCAGCAGCACCGUCACGACCACGAUGCCCCCCACCGGCACCACCAGCAUGACAACGACAAGUGUUCCUGGCACACCAACGUCCACCCCAACUACUGCAAGCACAUCCGUGCCCACACCAACACCGUCGCAGACUCCCAGCAGCACCGCCACGACUUCGAUGCCCCCCACCAGCACCACCAGCUCCACCAGCGCGACGACGACAACAGUUCCUGGCACACCAACAUCCACCCCAACUACUGCAAGCACAUCCGUGCCCACACCAACACCGUCGCAGACUCCCAGCAGCACCGCCACGACCACGAUGCCCCCCACCAGCACCACCGGCACCACCAGUGUGACGACAACAACAGUUCCUGGCACACCAACGUCCACCCCAACUACUGCAAGCACAUCCGUGCCCACACCAACACCAUCGCAGACUCCCAGCAGCACUGUCACGACCACGAUGCCCCCCACCGGCACCACCGGCACCACCAGUGCGAUAACGACAACUGUUCCUGGCACACCAACGUCCACCCCAACUACUGCAAGCACAUCCGUGCCCACACCAACACCGUCGCAGACUCCCAGCAGCACUGUCACGACCACGAUGCCCCCCACCGGCACCACCGGCACCACCAGUGCGAUAACGACAACUGUUCCUGGCACACCGACCCCCACCCCAACUACUGCAAGCACAUCCGUGCCCACACCAACACCGUCGCAGACUCCCAGCAGCACUGUCACGACCACGAUGCCCCCCACCAGCACCACCAGCAUGACAACGACAACAGUUCCUGGCACACCAACAUCUACCCCAACUACUGCAAGCACAUCCGUGCCCACACCAACCCCGUCGCAAACUCCCAGCAGCACCACCAUGACCACGACACACCCCCCCAGCACCACAACAACGACAACAGUUCCAGGUACACCAACAUCUACCCCAACUACUGCAAGCACAUCCGUUCCCACGUUACCACCUUCCAGCAGCAGCCCUAUACCUCAGGACUGCGACUGCAUCUGGACGGACUGGAUUGAUGUGAGUUACCCAGAUAGUUCUGACAGAAACAGCGGUGACUACGAAACCUUUGAGAACAUUCAGAAGAAUGACCCCUCCUGGGUCUGUGCGAAACCUGAGAAUAUUUAUUGCAGAGCAAAAAACUUUCCUGACACACCCAUUGCAGAAUUAGGGCAGACCGUGCAUUGCCAUAUUGACAAAGGACUCAUAUGUAACAAUAGUGAUCAGAAAAUAGGAGGUCAAAUACAGAUGCCGUACUGCCUCAAUUAUGAGAUAAAGGUCUGCUGCGUCCCCAACAUGCCAGAGUGUAUGACAACUACACCCAUGAGCACCACGACAACUACAUCUGUGCCCACAACAACCAGUGUUUCCUCUCAACCCGUAUCAACGACGGUUCCCACGCCAACACCAUCACAGCCUCCCAGCAGCACUGCCACGACUACAAUGCCCCCCACCAUCACCACCAGCUCCACCAGCGCGACGACGACAACAGUUCCUGGCACACCAACCCCCACCCCAACUACUGCAAGCACAUCCGUGCCCACACCAACACCGUCGCAGACUCCCAGCAGCACCGUCACGACCACGAUGCCCCCCACCGGCACCACCAGCAUGACAACGACAAGUGUUCCUGGCACACCAACGUCCACCCCAACUACUGCAAGCACAUCCAUGCCCACACCAACACCGUCGCAGACUCCCAGCAGCACUGUCACGACCACGAUGCCCCCCACCAGCACCACCGGCAGCACCAGUGCGAUAACGACAACAGUUCCUGGCACACCAACGUCCACCGCAACUACUGCAAGCACAUCCGUGCCCACACCAACACUGUCGCAGACUCCCAGCAGCACUGCCACAACCACGAUGCCCCCCACCAACACCACCAGCACCACCAGUGCGACACCAACAACAGUUCCUGGCACACCAACAUCCACCCCAACUACUGCAAGCACAUCCGUGCCCACACCAACACCGUCGCAGACUCCCAGCAGCACCGUCACGACCACGAUGCCCCCCACCGGCACCACCAGCAUGACAACGACAAGUGUUCCUGGCACACCAACGUCCACCCCAACUACUGCAAGCACAUCCGUUCCCACACCAACACUGUCGCAGACUCCCAGCAGCACCUUCACGACCACGAUGCCCCCCACCAGCACCACCAGUGCGAUAACGACAACAGUUCCAGGCACACCAACAUCCACCGCAACUACUGCAAGCACAUCCGUGCCCACACCAACACCGUCGCAGACUCCCAGCAGCACCGUCACGACCACGAUGCCCCCCACCAACACCACCAGCGUGACACCGACAAGUGUUCCUGGCACACCAACGUCCACCCCCGCUACUGCAAGCACAUUUUCAACACCAGCAAUAAUCACCAAAAUCCCACAACCAACGACUGAAGAACUAAGAGGAUCAACUGCUGUCACCACCACGAUGACUUCAGGACCAUCCUCCCUAGAGUCUACUGCUAGCACUAUUGUAUCUCUGCUAUCAGUAUCUACCAGCCCUGUGUCAGUCACUACCUCUGGUACAACUCCAACAGAAUCUUUUACCACCACUUCAGGAACAACCUCUAGUAACUUUACUACAAUCACUGCAACCACCACCACUUCCGAAAUUGUUUCAUCUGGCUCAACUAGUACUUCUGGGCCAACUGCAACAUCAAGUGCAGUCACCUUUGCAGGAAGUUCUACGUACAGUACUCCAGUUAGUUCUUCAAGUUCAACUACCAGUCCCUCACCAACCACUCCUGGAAGAAAUUGUUCCGUGUUACCUAAUGAAUCUUAUGCACCAGGAGAGUCAUGGUGGCUCUGUAACUGCACUAUGGCAAUAUGUGUACAGGAUGAUAUAGUCAAGGUAGUUCCUAUAAUCUGUAAUCCACCUCCUAAACCUACAUGUGCUAAUGGGCUUUCUCCUGUGCGAGUCAUUGAUAAGGAUGGAUGCUGUUGGCACUGGGAGUGUGACUGCUACUGCACUGGCUGGGGAGACCCACAUUACAUGACUUUUGAUGGACUGUACUACAGCUAUCAAGGGAAUUGUACAUAUGUGCUUGUGGAAGAGAUUAAUAAGACAGUUGACAACUUUGGUGUCUACAUUGAUAACUACCAUUGUGAUACACGGGAUGUAGUCUCCUGUCCUCGGACACUCAUUGUGAGACAUGAGACUCUGGAAGUGCGCAUAGCAACAGUCAAACCAAAUACAAUACCUCUACAAGUGACAGUAAACAAACAGGCAGUGGCUUUGCCUUACAAAAAAUUUGGCUUGACCAUCUAUGAGUCAGGCAUAAAUCGUGUAGUGGAAAUUCCUGAACUAAAAAUGAAUGUGACUUACAAUGGCUUGUCCUUUUCUAUCAGAAUGCCCUACAGCCUGUUUGGGAACAACACUCAUGGACAGUGUGGUACUUGCAAUAACAACACAGCAGAUGACUGCAUGUUGCCAGAUGGAAACAUUGCAGAGAACUGUGAAACCAUGGCAGAUCACUGGCAAGUUGUUGAUCCCUCCAAACCACAGUGUACUCCAGGCCUAAUUCCUACAAAACCACCUGGCAUAAUCCCAGGGAGCUGCAAAGAAUCUGCCAUCUGCAAGCUUCUUUUGGGAAGUGUGUUCAAGCCAUGCCAUGACGUUGUCCACCCUGAAAAGUACUAUGCAGCCUGCUUUUUUGAUAGUUGUGCAGUUCCUGACUCAGAUCUGGAAUGCUCAAGUCUGCAGAUCUAUGCUGCCACCUGUGCUGAUCAAAACGUAUGCAUUGACUGGAGAAGUCAUACCAAUGGUGUUUGCUGCACUUAUAAAUGCCCCUCAGAUAAAGAAUACAGAGCAUGUGGUCCUAUUAAAGAGAUAACCUGCAAAUCAAGUCAACAAAACGAAACUUCAACUAAACAAGUGGAAGGCUGUUUCUGUCCUAAUGGAACAAUGCUGUAUGACUCUGGUGUAGAUGUCUGUGUGAAAACCUGUGGCUGUGUUGGAGUGGAUAAUGUACCAAGAGAGUUUGGGGAAAAGUUUACAGUAGACUGUAAGGACUGUAUUUGCCUGGAAGGUGGAAGUGGCAUUUUAUGUGAGCCUCACGCAUGUGCCAAACAAAAUAAGACCAGUUGUGAUGGAGAAGGCUUCUAUGAGGUCAAUGAAGUCAACUCUGAUGACCCCUGCUGUCCCAUUGCCACCUGCAAAUGCAAUACAAGCUUGUGCACAACUAAAGCCAUCAAGUGUACCAUGGGAUUUGAAGUUCACUCUCAUAUUCCCAGUGGUCAGUGCUGCCCUGUGUACCAGUGUGUUCCCAAGAGGGUUUGCGUACACCAGAAUGCUGAGUUCUUGCCUAAUUCCUCAGUCUUCGUUGACAAGUGUCAGAAUUGUUUCUGCACUAAUGAAGUUAACGUCAGCACUCAACUGAAUAUCAUCUCAUGUGAACAUAUUCCAUGCAACACAUAUUGUCAACCAGGAUAUGAACGUCAACCAGUGAAAGGUGAAUGUUGUGGAAGAUGUGUGCAGACCAAGUGUGUUAUACAUACAGCAAACAGUUCUGACCUCAUCUUGAAACCUGGAGAGUUUAAAAAUGAUCCUUACAACAACUGCACCAUUUAUAGCUGUGUAAAUAUCCACAACCAGUUUAUCUCUUCCGUAUCUGAAAUUACUUGCCCAGCAUUCAAUGAAGACAGAUGCAAACCUGGAACUGUUACAUUCUUACCUAAUGGUUGUUGCAAAACCUGUGCACCUCUGGAUAGUCACACAGCGUGCUCUGUCCGUCAAAGAAAAGACUUUAUUGUCUAUAAUGGCUGCCGUUCUGUGGACAGAGUUAUCAUGACUGAAUGUGAGGGAACAUGUGGAACCUUCUCACAAUACUCUGCUGAGGCCAAUUCUAUGGAGCACAGCUGUUCCUGCUGCAGGGAAUCAAGUACUACUGUGAGGGAUGUGGAACUGAAAUGCCCCACUGGGCAUUCAAUUUCACAUAAGUAUAUAUACGUGGAAAGCUGCAGCUGUCAUGACACUGAAUGCAGCUCACAAUCCAAUGAGUUGCAGAACACAGAAGAAAAUGACAAGGUGAGCACUCUGAACCGUAUCAAGAGAGCCAUCAGCUUAACAUCAAAAUGAAGGGGAAAAGCCCUAGCAGCAUUCACUUAAAAGGACUAUGCACCAUUCUCAUCUUCCUUGACUACUUUUGGACUUCGCUUUUCCCGGUUACUGUAUCCUGUUUGUUUUCUGAUUAUUUUUAACAGUGCUCUAUUUAUUUGUGCACAAAAUAAGAACACAAAUUUGUAUUCUUCCCAGUGUACAGCCUUUUUGGUCCUUUUAUA